UUUUUUUUUUAAUUCACAUUUUCGAAUUAGAAUCAGAUGUGCUACCCAUCCUCUAUUUCCCGGCAUAAAAAAACCCUCCGGCCGCCAACUCCGACGGAUUCGUGGUGCGGUUUCUCCGGAAGAAUCUCUACAUUCAAAUUGCUAAUACAGAUUCAAGUUUUCGAUCAAAAUCCCCUUCGACGGAGGAGUUCGCCAUUAUCCGCAGCUUCGCAUUGCUCUCUUUAUAUUCAACCUUAUCAUCGCAAAAGCCCUAACUGUGAACAGAUUGGCCGUAUUUUGAAGCAGAAGAAAAAAGGGGAGUGGGAAGAUGGAGUACAUAUUGAGGACUCUAACAAAGAAGCAAGAAGUGGAUUCCAUAAUUAGAGAUACAAUCGACAAAGUUCUCGUCCUCCGCUUCGGCCGAUCCUCUGAUCCUCUUUGUCUCCAGCUCGACGACAUCCUGUAUAAAUCUGUGAGAGAGGUGUCCAAGUUUGCGACUGUGGCUUUAGUUGAUAUUGAUUCAGAGGACGUAAAAGUUUAUGUCAAGUAUUUUGAUAUAACCUUAGUACCAUCAACUAUUUUCUUCUUCAAUGCCCAUCAUAUGAAGAUGGAUUCUGGGAGUGCAGAUCACACCAAGUGGGUUGGAGCAUUUCAAAGAAAACAAGACUUCAUUGAUGUGGUAGAGGCAAUAUUUAGAGGGGCCAUGAAAGGCAAGCUCAUAGUGACUUGUCCCCUUCCCCCAGACAGAAUACCGAAGUUUCAGUUGCUGUACAAAGAUGUUUAGGAGGAUAAAACUCAGUGUCCGAGAGCCAUUGUUUCUGGACGACUAUAUAACCAUGACUAACCUGUGGAGUAAGUUGAGCGGGUUUUGAAUUAUCACUGAAAUGGGAAAACUAUAUUGAAAUUUUUUUAUCAACGUGAGGAAGUGGAUAGCAGCACAGUGAUGUAGGCGUAAAAUGUGCAGAUGUCUUCUUGAAUUAAUGUAAUAUCAUGACAUUUCACUUGGAUAUUUUACUUGCUAGAAAGCCGUAGCAAUCAGAGAGCAUCAAUUUCUGAUGGAGUGGAACGAUGCAAAGUGAUAAAGGUGAAGAACCUUUCUCCCUACUAAUAAAAUUGUCAUGGAAAACAGUACUAGAAAAACGUUUUUGUCACUAUAUAGACACUUACACAUGCUCUGGUUUAUUUUUCUUUUUUGGGAAUAACCAUAUGGUAUUUGGAAAAGAAAUUUUCAUAAAGCACUAUCUUUUAGUGGUAAUUUGCUUUUUAUAGAUACCAUUUGUUAUAUUACGAAUUGUAGAUACAUUUUCUGUUGUUAUAAGAUGUAUUAGAUAUAUUUAAGCUACUGUAUUCAUGAAUACAGUAGCAAAAAUAUGCGUGAAUUAGGGAAGUCUAGCUAAUCAGUUGUUGUAUUCGAAUGUAUUCAUGGCGUGAAACAUGAGAUUAUAGCUGGACUGAUUAUUGUAUUUGACUUUA